AUGCCACUUUACAGAAUAGUGUCCCAGCUGAUAGCCGAGCUGGAUAGCCUGCACGACUCACCCCACAUAAAAGUAUUCGUCAUGGCCGCAACAAACCGAGCGGAUCUCAUAGAUCCUUCAUUGAUGACCCCUGGACGGUUUGACAAGGUGAUCGAGGUGGCUCCAGGAGAAGAUGUGGAAUCGAAGGCGAAGAUUCUGAAAGCAGUCAGCAGGAAUCUCAAAUUGGCCGACGACGUCGACCUUCGCAAUGUGGCAGAACAGUGUGAUGGUCGAUGGUCAGGAGCUGAGCUCUACUCUCUCAUGUCUACGGCUGCCAUGGAAUCUAUGCGAGAACAGAUCGCGCUCAUCGAAGCCGGAAAGAUUUCGGAGUCGGAAGUAGACGGGAUCGUGUCUGCUUCACAUGUCCAGGCAGCAAUCGACAAAAAGCGAACGGAGCAUCUGGAAGGAGUACGGCGCAAGGCAUGA